AUGAAAAAAUUUUGGAAUUUCAUAUGUUGCUCAUUGGAUUAGGAUGAAGAAGAAUUCUUUGAGGAGAAGUAGAUAACAAUAAAAAAAGAUGAAAAGACUUCCUUAGAACUUUUUGGUAAUUUUGAGACAUUAAAUUACAUGCUUGUUAGAAUGACCUAAAAGAAUUUUUUCGUUGAUUUUUCCAUGAGAAAAUCGAAAUUAGUAGAAAAGAAUCCAUUGACGGUGUUCAUAUCGUAUAUUGAUAAUGACAUAAUGUAUGAACAAGAUGAGUCAAGUUAUUUGAUACCAGAGAAAGUAUUGCAAUAUAUAGGCAGAAGAAUGAGGGAAGUCAAACCCUCGUUUAUUGUAGAUGGUCUGUCUAGAAGUGGUAUAAGUGCAAUUUAGUUCUCUUCGGAAACAAAUACUUUUGUUUUGGGGAAUAACUUUUCUAUGUAAUAAAUAAAGAAUGCUAAACAUAAUAUGACGAAAUGUAAUUUAAAUAUAAGGUGUGAUUUUAUUUAAGCCAGUUUACCUAAAUUGCCUAUCAUUUAAAAUGAUGUUUUUUUCAUCUAACCAGACUAUUAGAUUAUAGAUGAUAACCUAUCGAUGAACAAUAUAUUCCCUUCGAUUUCAGACAUUUUGGAUUACUUCUUGGAGUGGAGCAAAAAUUUAGUACUCGUGUUACCCAUCUAAUUGGAUCUCCAAAUCUUUUGUGAGGUGUUUUGUCAAAAGUUGAAGGAGAAGAACUAAGAUCAUUUGAUCUUUGAGAUACAAAGAAUCUAAAUAGAUGGGGAGUUAUAUUAUUAUUUUAUUUAUUUUGGGGAAAUUGCUGCUGUCCAAACCCAAGAUCAAUAUAUGUUGAUGACUGAAAUUACAUUGGAGGACUCCAAUCAAUAGAACCUUUUUGAUUCAACCUACAUGCUACUGAAGAAUAUUGGGUACACCACUAAUCCAAGGGAAAUCAUGAAUAUCUUACUCUAAUCUAAAUAGAUGUCGUAGUCUGAAACCACCUUACAAAUUCUGAUUAAUCAAUUACUUAUGAAAGGACUGACAAACGAAUAAACCAUCAAAUAACUGUUUGGUGAUGCUGAUGUCUUGUAAUCUUCGACGCCAAAAUAUAAUUAAAUCCAAGUUUAGGAAAAUACAUUUGGAUAAGAUUCUUAAAUUAAACAAUGCUAUGAACAGUAGCAAACUUAAAAAAAUAAAAAAGCCAAGAAAUCUCAAUUUAUAUCAUUCAAUAUCCCAACAGAGUGA